AUGUUUAACUUCUAUUUACAAGUUGACAUCGAUGAUGUUCCUUCAUAUGUUAUCCCUUCAGCUGCUAUGGAUAAACCAAUUUCAUUUACAUCAGUUGUAUUAACUUCAAAUCCAGAACGAGAUCCGAAAUAUCUAUGGACAUGGAAAGAAGGAAGAAUAGUAUCAUUAUAUACUGGUGAUUGCUGGACGAUCGAAGAUGAUAAUUUAAUUUUAAAGCAGAUCAAUCUCGAUGAAAGACAAAAAGAUUCUCAGCAAUGGAAAUUAUUACGCGAUGGUAGGAUAUGCACUAUAGAUAAUUCAAAAUUUGUAUGCAUCCAAGUAGAUAAUAUAAGGAAUUUCGACAACUGUCCACUUCAAAUUAUUAAAUUUUUCGAUAAUGAUGAUCCUGAUGAUACCCUUUACUGUACUUGGAAAGUUGUUACUCAUCACCCAGAUUUUACACAAUCUUCUAAGAAUAAUAGAUAA